AGAGAGAGCAAGAGAGGGAGAGGGAGAGAGAGCACAUUUCACUCGCUGAAUUGCUUGGAAGCUUUGGGCUGAUAAUUAGGGAUCUCAGGAGAGCAGUUUUUCAGAAUAGCCUGCUCUCCUUUGGAUGGACCGAAUGGAGACAGUGGUUCAGUCCUGCUGAUAUUUUUUAAGCCCUCCUCGCAGUUUGAUGGGCAUUCCCAGAGCUUUUGUGCACGUCUCUGAAAGCGUUGACGUGGAAAGGAGCAGCGAGGAGGGGGAGGUUGGAGGAAAAAACUGCAGCUCUUCUAAAAAUACUGAGGGCAUGCAAGAGUGCGAGCAGGCUGGGGAGGAGGGCGAGGUGAGAGCACCUCGCACCAUGUUCCCCAGGUGCCAGCGUGGCGCAGUUUCGGAGAUGUUGCUCCCGUGACUGGACGCACCAUGAACAUUUGGGAGGUGACCCUGGCUUUCGUGGUCGUGGUCCUCAUCCUCGUGUCCCUGCUGUCCAACGUGCUGGUGCUGAUCUGCUUCCUGUACAGCGCUGACAUCCGCAAGCAGGUCCCAGGAUUGUUCAUUCUCAACCUCACGCUCUGCAACCUGUUGAUGACUGUUUCGAACAUGCCCCUGACCUUGGCUGGGAUCAUUUACAAGAGUCAACCAGGAGGAGAUCAAGUUUGCCACGUUGUGGGUUUCUUGGAGACUUUUCUGACCACAAACUCCAUGUUGAGCAUGGCAGCUUUGAGCAUUGACAGGUGGAUUGCUGUGGUCUUCCCUCUAAGUUAUCACUCCAAGAUGAGGUACAGAGAUGCUGCUCUCAUACUGAGCUACACGUGGUUACACUCGGUGUCAUUCCCGAUAGUGGCAGCGUCUCUCUCCUGGGUGGGUUUCCAUCACCUCUAUGCGUCCUGCACCCUGUACAACAAGAGACCUGAGGAUAGGACACAGUUUGUGAUUUUCACUGGGGUCUUUCAUGCCCUCAGCUUCCUCCUCUCCCUUAUAGUCCUGUGUUUCACAUAUCUAAAAGUGCUGAAGGUGGCACGGUUCCACUGUAAACGGAUUGACGUGAUCACUAUGCAGACCCUGGUGCUGCUUGUGGACAUCCAUCCCAGUGUAAGAGAGCGUUGUCUGGAAGAACAAAGGAGACGGAGGCAACGAGCAACAAAGAAAAUAAGUACCUUUAUUGGCACUUUUAUACUUUGCUUUGCACCUUAUGUAAUUACAAGACUGAUUGAAUUAUCCUCUGUGGUCCCCAUUAGUUCCCACUGGGGAAUCGUUUGCAAGUGCUUGGCUUACAGCAAGGUUGUUUCAGACCCUUUUGUGUACUCUUUGCUCCGACACCAGUACAAGAAGACAUGGAAAGACAUCAUAAACAGGAUUCUCAAACGAAGCUCCAUCAAUUCCUCCGCCCUGACGAGCGAGCCCCAAAAUCGCAAUAUUCUGCAGCUGAAUGAAUGACGAGGCCGGUAUGGGAUCGUCCGGAAAUGUAAAACAAUAUAUGGUAAAACAAAAGUACCUGGCCUAUCCCCAGCAGCUCUGCUCAGCUGACGGGGCUUCGGACGCAGGCUCCAAGGCGGAUUGAAGCCCAGCCUGCCUCUCUGCGGCAGCCCACGUGACAACCAGCGAGGCAGGCUGCCCCGCGCGUCCUUCCUCCAGCAAAAGCGUGCUCUUGCUGUGUGCUCCUGCAGGCUUCACGAGUACACAUCUCCCACUGAUACCCAGCAGCAGCCACACUUACACAGAGGGUGAAAGCUGCUCCUCGGCAGGACUCAGAAAAGUCCUGGGAGCAGAAAGGUGCCACCAUAAGGUUGCUCUGGAAAGCCGCACGGGGCACUUGGUGCUGUGCUUUUCACUGGCUCCCACCAGCGGGGCUUCCACCUGGCUUUACAAAAAUAACCCCAAUCUGUCUGCUGGAGAAAAACCUCCAAAGAAAUUAGUAGCAAAAUCUUUACCUGGAUAUCCAUACAGUGUCCAGCACAGUGUUCAACCUCUUCUGACAGAUGAUUUUUUGAACCAUUCUGUAGAGCUGAAAGUAGAGAUAAUCCUUUCUCUAGUAUGCUACAGACUGGAUUCAGCCCAACCUACUAUACAUUUUCUAAGUAAUUUCCAUGCAAUCCUAUUAGUUUUCUCCCUGUUAAAUUCCAGAGGGUCUUUCAUCUAAAAAUGGUAGAGAGGAUGGAAAGGUCAGGAUGCCUAUUGCAUUCAAACCCCUUUCCUGUAAGUCUGAGCUAUAAGGAAAUGCAUUUUGCCCAAGGGCUGCAGAGCAAGGUCUUGAGCCCAGAAGACAAAACAAAACAUAUAAUAUAUGUUCCUUUUACUGAGAUUUCAUUAAUCAUGAUUUUUAUGCCUAUAGACAUACUAUUUAAAGGAAAGAUGAGAGCCCAAAGCUGUUUAAAGGUACUAUUUCCAAAGCAUUUGGGGCAAAAAUAAUGGACCCCAACCCUCCUCACCACAGAAGUGUGGCCAGUAAUCUGGACCCACAUCUGACCACCCCGACACUUCAGGAGGUUUGGAUUUGGAUCCUUACAGCACUUGAUUGUAGCUGCAGACUCCAGUGACUAUGCUGGUUCACGGGUGUCUCUAGCUCUACUCAGUGAGGUUAUUAACAUUUACCACGCAUUCAGUUCAGCCUGCAGCUAACACAGGCCUACAUACCUGUAAAAUAUCCAGAGUCUGGACAAUCUUACAUGUGACACUUCCUGAGAGACCUAUAUAGUAUAUAUAUAUUUUUAACAUUAUUUAGUUCAUCGUAUUCCUCUAAGUACAACAACAAUUGGUAGAUGGCUUUGUAAUUAAGUGUCAUGUAGACAUCAGAUGCUAAAGCCAUCAUUCAGUGAUUCACGAAAAAUUACUUCCUGUUUUCAGUGACUUCUCUCUCAAUUCAGUGAAAAUGCACUAUGAAGUGAGACAGUUUUUUCAGUGUUUUCUUAUUAACUAAGAUGUAGAAUAUCAAGAGCAAUAAUUAAUCAGCUGUCAUUUCUGUUGCUAUGAUUUUUUAGGAAUAAUCAGUUUCUGAAACAGAUUAUGUCAGAAAGAGUCCUCCUCAUAAUCUCUUAAAAUUAAUUUCAGGUAAAGAGCUAUUGGAUUUGAAUGUUCAAUUUAUAUGUUAAUUGGCAAAAGACUUGCUACCAGCUCCGACCUUAAUUCUGUGCACAUUUAUCUCCAGAAGGUGACUUCAAGUCCAUACCACAAAGGCCAAUUAACAUCAGGAGUGAAAUUAACUUUUGCCAAGUAGAUCUAGAAAGCUUCUGUCCAGUGGCCAUGAAGAACAUAACUAUUUUGGUGAGGAUAAAAUAGUAGAUACAUGCCCAGACUACAAAUAGUCUCGGACAAUUAGGCUUCACGCAUGCAAUGGCAGCUUAAAUAACAGCUGAUCUAGUUGGCUCUGUUGACACCUAUCCUUACUCGUAUUCUGCUUGCAGAUACAGAAGCCAGGAUCAUUACAUUUUUUUAGGAAAUGCUUAUGAGUUGCCGCCCCCUCGGUCCCCCAAGCAAGGGGUGCUGUAUUGGGGGUGUGGAGAGCAGCCGCCACGGCUGUCGUGAUACCGUGGCUGCAAGGGUAGACGUUAACGUACAAACUCACAUUGUCACGUGCUUCAGGAAUGGGACAGGUACCAUAAGAGAGAUCAACAGCUACCAUAUGAGUAAAACCCCUCAGCUUAACCACUCAUUUUAGUUAUAAAACUGUAGCAUAACUACAUUAAAAUACACACACAUGGUUAGUCACAGAAUUUAACUAAGUUUUUUCCAACACUGCAUUCAAAAUUAGCCCUGAACCAGCUUAAAUUGUCUACCUCAUCUUAAUCAUUUGACUUACUAGGUGUAACAUAAUCUUCUCAGGUGCAAUAGAUAAAAACAGCCGGUUCAGUAUUUGUUUCUUGAGAAAUCCAAGUCAUUUUGAUGACUUGAUUGUAUUCUGAAUGGAAAUAAGGUUGAUUAUUACUAAGUUUAAAAAGAUAAAAUGCUCUGUUAUCAGAUUGUUACAUGUUUCACUAAGAUCACUUUUACUUAAGUAACUUGAAACGGGCUGAUUGCUAAAGUUCACAACUGUUGUCAAUUUAUAUGUGGGGCUGCUGCCAAAGUCAAUGGGAGGUUUGCAUGCUGAUAAACCUAGCCCCAGCGAGAUUUCAAAUUUUCAGUCCAUCCUUCAAGUAUAGUAAGACAAUUUCCAGAAAAAUUUUAUGAUACUGUUAGGAUGACUAGUAAAAGAUGGAGAAGGAUAUAGCAUUGGACUUGUCUCAUUACACGUGUGUAUCACAAUCAGUCAUUGGUCGAUUUACGUGUCACCAUGAGCAAUAAAUCUCUCCCCUUGUAUGUGUUUAAAAAUUUGUCUUUCUUUCAUGGUGCCUUUUUUCUAGAAUUAAUCUUACAACAGAGAAUAAAUAUAAUUUCCCCUUACUUACAUCAGCUCUCUGACACAUUGUCAUAUUUCUACUGUCUGAAGCAAGCGAUAGUUGUAAAUGCUGGUGCUUGAUAAACUGACUCAAUAUACAGAAUAAAAGUAAUACCCUAACAUUUCCUGGCGAUAUUUUAUAAGACACUAGAAAUAUGAUACUGUGGCUCGUUAAGUGCUAGAUAUUCAGCUGACUUCUUAUAGACAACCGGCAAAAUUUUCUAAAAUGUAUGUCUAAGUGAUGAAUGUAAAUAUGAGUAAUUAUGUGUCUGCUGAGUAUUAUAUAUAUAGUAUGUAACACUUUCACUCCAGUGCGUUAGAAUAAUGAUGGCAAAUGUAAUGCAACAAUACUUUAUUAUCUCUGACCACGAAGCGGAACUGUUCUCUUGUCAAACACAAAUGUGUGUGUGUGUGUGUGUGUGUGCGUGUGUGUCGGGGUGGGGGAUUUUUACAGCUGUUAUUUAAAUGUUUUUGAAAAAGUUUGUAAAGUACGGCUACAAUGUGUGCCCAAAAUAUCGAACUGCAUGUGCAAAAAUUGUGCAGCUGCUUAGGCAAUAUGCAGUUUUCUAUUUGUUGGUAUCUGCAAUCCAUAUGCAAUAUCUAUUCCUCACAUGCAUGCUCAAUUAACGUUUGCUUCAUAUUUUGUAAAUUUGGCAGGCAGAACAUUGGCAGACAAUUAAGAAAAUUUAGUCCACUAGGCCAUUUUGUAGAUGCUGAUUUUUUUUUUCCUCUGUUCAUUUUACGGUUCCAUAUUAUUUGUUUACUCUCACAGCCCUAACUGUCAACUGGGAUCCCAGUUUAUGUUAUGUUUUUGAGCCAGUUUGAAUGUGAAGACUUGGGUAACUUCAUCGUGCAAAAGCUAUGAGAGACUGAUACGAAUUUAUUGAGCAAAUAAUUAGCACCAGACCCUCUCCUGACACAAACCAGCAUAAUAGUUGGUUGUCUCACCUGAGGAUCCAGUCCCUUUAGAUAAAUAUAUCCACAGGUUUUAUUGAACUAUGUUUUAAAUAUGCAGGGCCAUGUUUUCAAAGGUAUUUGCACAUGAAAGAGUGUAAAGAGAUCUUCAUCUGUGUAAGUGCCUCUUUGCAUCUCCAGGCCUGUCCUAUUGCCUGUAAGACCUCAACAACCUGUUUUCAGGUUCUGAAUCGGACUUCUUAGACCCUCUCAAGUUUUUUCUCAGAAAUGACCAAGUCUAGCUGCUCGAAGUCCCAGACAGCCCCUUCGGGAGGCUCUGGGCUCUGCAGCGGUGGCCGCUCACGGCAGUGCCCCUUGCUGCGGUUACCAGCUGUUUUGCCAAUGCAUCUGUUUGCUCUGGGACAGUGCUGGGAAAUGAUCCUACUUCACGUCAGAUCAACAACAAAAUCUUCCUGGAAAUGAUUUUUUUUUUCCUUUUGACUAGCCUGGCUUAGACUUGACUGCAAAAACAGCUGCAUCAGCAUGACUUGAGAGGCCACUGAACUGGGGCAGAAACGGAUGGGAAUGAGAGACUGAGGGCCAGGAAGGCUCCUACUGCUAAGUGAAGGAGGCUCCCAAGGCUCUGAACAAGGUUCUGUAUAUUUUUACAUGUGCCUGAAUGCCUUUGAAACAACCCUUUGGAAACUGCUUGCUUUCCACUACCAUUAGAACCAUCUUCUCCCCAAAUAAAUGCAGAUCAUUUGUUCUUGUGAUCAAACAUUGCAAAACCUCACAUGUAUGUCAGCUCACUGCUAAUCCACCCUAGCAAUCACUAAAUAUUACAGCACAUCCUGUCUAGCAGAGAAAGCGCAGCUAGGUCCUGAUCCUAUGAUCACUAUGCAUUUGCUUUAAGAGGAGGCCCUAGGUCAGUGAUGCGAAGCAGAGGCUUAAGUGUUUGCAGAAUCAGGGACUGUGUCUUUGUAACCUACUCAAGCCUGAAGAGGGGAGACAAUGAUAACAUUUUAGCCUUAAAUCUAUUUUUUUAUUUGCUUUCUAUGCUUUAAUUCAGAGCACUAAGUAUAUCUUGAAAUCUUUCAUGCAUGAACUUUCUGUAUGAAAAGCAUCCUGCUCAAAAAGACAGCUGUCCCUGUUGGGGGUACAAAAGUUUACAUGGGGAAAAGAGCUGCUGCAGUCUUUAUCAGAUGUCUACUUCUUACCUGUAGUCCUGCUGUGUAUCAUGUAAAUAUAUAUUUAGGAUUAUUGCUUUUUAAACAAAUGCUGAUCUAAGGAAUUAGAAAGGUUGUUAUGGUUUAUCAUAUAUAUGUCUAUAUUUAUAACAGAGAUGGUUAGCCCUGUAGUCUGUAAGUGCACUUCAGAAAUGUGUGUGUUGAGAAGCAAAUGUUUCAAGUGUAUGACAGCAUGCAUGUGCAGUAAUUUGUGUAGAACAAAUAUUAAUUUUUGUUGAAGAAAUAUUAUUGCACAUGGUUUCAAUGUACCCAAAGGCACGAGUACACAUGAUUGAUUAAUAAUCUACAAAUGUGUAGCUGGAAGUCGAAUCUCCAUUUGGCAUCAUUACUGAAUACUGGGAAACUGUUGAAACUGUUUUCUAGUCACUUGUAGUUAUAUAAAUACAUCUUUAAAACAACCAAUUUUUAAAAAAAAUAUGCAAAAAAAAUAGUUAAAAGAAAAUUGUGAGCCCCCUCCUUCUUGGGAUUGAAUGAGCGAGAGUUCCCAAGGAAAAAGAAAAGCAGCACUUCAGAGGGCGAACACCAAUGCGUGCUCGUGGGGUACUAGUGGGAAUGCCGCACGGCCCAGUUGCAAACUUGGGUAUAUCCUUCCUGCCGGUCCCAUCACAGACAGACCCAUUCAGUAAUUUUGCAUUUAUGCUAUCCAGAGUUCUUGAACACAAGCAAAAAACCAUGCUGGAUUUCUGACCGUGAAAUCCUUAUGUAAAGAUAAGGUAAUUUCUACUCCUCCUGCUUUGUUAAUGUGCUCAAUGAGCUACAGAGAAAAAAGAAAAACCCUUGAAAUGAAUGACCAUUAUUAAAACAAAAAGCCAGUAAAAAAUUGCAGUGUCCUCAGGGUCACACAGCACCUGUGUGUCGAGGCUGGGGACAAGCUCUCCGUACCCUGCCGUCCGGCUCAAACGCAUGCCAGUAAAAGAGAGCUACCUGCAUCUAGCCGCAGUGUACAACGAGUCUUUAAUAACAGAUACUAUUGGGCUUCCCAGACGAGAUGUUUGAAAAAUCACUAUCACAGAUUGCCUUGGAAAAUAGAAAUAGAUAACUAAAAGGUGCCUUGAUUUACCUUUGUUUAUACGCGGGGCAGUUUUCUAAGUCUUGGAAUUUUUCGCAAUGAUUUUAUUUUCUUACAAUCAUUUUAUGAUUAAAAAGUCCCAUGUACUUGGCAAUCACAAAUCAGUCCCGUCUGAAUUCUUAUAGGAAUGUAACAUAUUACUAGUCUUUCCAGACAGAGUUAGAUAAAAACCUUUUCCUCCAGAUUAGAUGGUUAGAUGAUUAUUUGUUUAAAAAGAAAAAGGGGACUGGUUUUACAAACACUUACUGUUAGUACAGUGUGUCUGCUUGAGUGAGGAAGGACCAUCCAUAUGACACGACUUUUAAAAGGUCCAGCCUGUGUAUUUUAACCUUUCUUUUUGCAAAUAAUAAAAAAUGAGUUUCUGAUUUCUAAAAACACCUAGCCAGUCUGAAGAAAUGUAGUUCUGAAAUACCAUUAAUAAUAGCUGCUGUAGAUAGGGCAUGUUUUGAUUAUUUUGGUGUAAGUACACCAUUAGAAUUUAUUGCAUUUUACUUUCGUGUUUAACAAUAGAAUGCAAUUGCAGGGGCUAUUUAUUUAGGGAGAGGAAAAAAAAAAAGGCAAUCCACAAAACCUCUCUCAAUCCCAUGGAGACAGAGAUGCACAAACCAGUUUCUAAUGAAAAAAUGCCCAAGAGUGCCAUGAGUUAGUAUGGACUAUGGGACUGUAGGGUCCCACACAACCUAAAUUGUUUAGGUACACUAGAUUGUAAUAGACUCCCAAUAUAUGUUUCAGAGUUUCAGGUUCAUUCAUGUAAAGACAGAUACAUAAAAUUCUGCUACAUUAGUACCUUCAUUUUAAAGAAAUACAACAAAACUGAUAAAUUUUAACCUGAGUACAGAUUUUUGAAUAAGAGGCCUGUGCUACCUGUUCUGUUUACAAUGGCUUGUGCUUUGUGAAUACAUAUCAAAUGUUGUAAUAUAUUUUUAUGAUAUAGAGUUAAUGGUUAAUACAAAGUAACAUAUAUAAAGAAAUACUAUAUAUGUAUGUUGUGAUUUUGUUAAAUUUACUGUUCCUGAAAUGUGAUUAUGAUUAAAUGACUUUGUGUGAGCUAUUUUUUAAUAUAAAAGUUUACAUUUUAAAAA